GAAAAAUAAUCGAGAAACCCAGCAUACACGAGGGUUUCAUUCACAAUGAACGUCUUUGGCACCUACACGGACUCCGCCGCCACGCCACUCCUAGGAGGCGAGUGCGGCAAACGUCUCAUCCCGCACGUUAUCGACGCGACGGCCAGCGUAACUCCUGAUGCAGAGUGUCUGUCCGUUCCCCGCAGCAACGGCAAUCCCCAGGCGGGAUGGAAGCGCGUCAGCUGGGCACAGGUCGCCAACGCCGUCAACUACGUAGCGCACAUGCUUAUCAAGGAGGGUGGCACACCGACCCCUGGGACGUUUCCCACCGUCGCCUACAUCGGUCUGGAGGACCCGCGGUAUCCGAUCUUCGCAACCGGCGCCGUCAAAGCCGGCUACCAGGCGCUCUUCAUCUCGCCGCGUAACUCGGUCGAAGCACAGUUGAAUCUCUUCGAGAAAACCGAUUGCGAUCUCCUCUUCCACGAAGCACAAUACGCCUCGAUGGUGCAACCGUGGGUCGAGAGACGGCCCGGAAUGAACCGUGUGGCCGUCGCGCCGUGGGACGAAUGGGUGAGCACGGAAGUCGCGCCGUUCCCCUACACCAAGACCUUUGAGGAGGCCGAAUGGGAUCCUUUCGUGGUGCUGCACACGAGCGGCAGCACCGGGCUGCCGAAGCCUGUCGUCAUCCAUCAAGGCACGCUCGCCCUGAACGACCUCCACCGUUAUGUGCCGGAGUACGAGGGCAAUUUGCCUUGGCUGGCGACCUGGGCCAAGUUUCCCAAUAAGCGUUACCUUAAUAUCUUUCCUUUGUUCCACACUGCCGGCAUUGCGCCGACGAUUCUAAUGGCAUUCUACUACGAUGCGCCGAUUGCGUUUCGAGAUCCGUCCGUGCCCAUCACCGGCGAUAAUGUGGUGGAUUGGCUGCAGAACACAGAUGCGGGGUUUACGCUGAUGCCGCCGGCAGUCCUGGAGCAGAUGUCGCGGUCGGAGAUCGCGAUCGAGGAGCUGAAGAAACUCCAUGCGGUGGGAUUUGCAGGGGGUCCCGUCGCUCCAGAUCCGGCGAACCAUCUGUUAAGUCAUGGUGUAAAAUUGGUCAACGCUAUUGGCUCAACCGAGUAUAUCUACAUGCCUUACUACAACCAACCCGACGCCACCCUGUGGCCCUGGUUCAUCGUCCCCACCAAGCUGAUGGGCAUCGAAUGGCGCCCAUUCGGUGAGGACACAUACGAGCAAGUGAUCGUGCGCCAGGACAAAAACCACCCCGGUCUGCAGGGCUGCUUCUACGCUUUCCCGGAGCUGCAGGAGUUCAGUACGAAAGACCUGUAUCGCCCUCAUCCCACCCUACCAAACCACUGGACCUACGUCGGCCGAGCGGACGACAUCAUCAUCUUCUCUAACGGCGAGAAACUCAACCCCACGACCAUCGAAGGCGCCGUAAUGGGCCACCCAGGCGUGCGGGGCGCGCAGGUCGUCGGCAGCACCUACUUCCACGCUGCGCUAAUCAUCGAGCCGGCGCAGCAUCCGACGAGCGAACAGGAAAAACAGCAACUCCUUGAUGACGUGUGGCCCAUUGUGGAGAAAGUCAAUAUCGAGACGGUCGCCCAUGGCCGCAUCUCGCGGGACUACAUCUUCCUCUCGGAUGCGGAACGGCCGUUCCCGCGGGCCGGCAAGGGCACCAUCCAGCGUGCGAUGGUCGUGAAGGUAUACGCCGAAGACAUCGAGCGCAUCUUCGCGGCGAGCAGCGACGCAUCUGUGGUGGCGAUGGAUCUCGACCUGAGGUCCAGCGAGAAGUUCGAGGACUCGCUGCGCAAGCUGGUGCAUAGCGUGCUCAAGUUGCCCACUCUCUGCGCCGACCAGGACUUCUUCUCCGCUGGCGCAGACUCCCUGCAAGCCAUCCAACUGGCCCGGUCACUCCGCGCAAGCCUGGAGAAGGCGAGCAAUCUCCCCGACGGCGCCAUCAUCGACGCUCAAACCAUCUACACCCACCCGACGAUCACCCAGCUCGCCACCUACGCCUACUCCCUUACCACCACCACGCCCUCAUCCACUCUCCAGCCCUCCCCCACAGACGAAACUCUCUACACCACCCUCCUAGAAAAAUACACCGCGACCCUCCCCGCUCUCCACCCCAGCAAACCCCUCUCCUCCACCCCCCCACAGACCCUCCUCAUAACCGGCACAACCGGAACCCUAGGUCCCUACCUCCUCUCCACCGCCCUCCACAACCCCAGCAUCCGCAAGAUCAUCUGCCUCAACCGCGACCCCAACGCCGCGACCCGCCAACACACCACCCACAGCACUCUCUCCCUCCCCACUGACUUCUCGCGCGUGGAAUUCCACACCGCCGACCUCACGCACCCAACCCUCGCCCUCCCCUCCGCCCUCUACACCGGCCUCACCCAAAAUGUCGACCAGAUCAUCCACAACGCCUGGCCUGUCAACUUCAACCUCGCGCUCUCCUCCUUCGAACCCAGCAUCCGCGGCGUGCGCCACCUGAUCGACUUCAGCCUUGCAUCUCCAAACCACAUCCCAAUCAGCUUCGUCUCCAGCGUGAGCACCCUCGCCAACUGGCCCUCCCCUACAGCUAUCCCGGAACAGGGCUUCGAGGAAUGGGACUACGCAGUCGGAGGCUACGGCCAAUCCAAGCUCGUCGCCAGUCGGAUUCUGGAGACAGCGCGUCAGAUCUCCGGCGUGCCGUGCAAGAUCAUCCGCGUCGGACAGGUCGGUGGGCCCCGCGGGGAAAAAGGGAUGUGGAAUGUGCGCGAGUGGGUGCCCAGCUUAAUUCGGAGUUCGUUGUACCUGGGGCUCUUGCCGGAGACACUGGGUGGGCUGGUUGCGGCGGGCGGGUGGAUGUGUGUGGAGGAUGUAGCGGCGGUGAUUUUGGAGGUUUCGGGGGUGGGGGAGGAGGAGAAGGAGGGGUCUCAGUCUGUUGCUGAUGUGGAUGGAGCUAGGGAAACUGGGGAAGAGCAGGGCGCGCGUUACUUCCACGCUAUCAAUCCGCACGCGGUCGAUUGGGCCGGGCUGGUGCCGGGGCUGUGCCAGUUCUACGGUGACCGCAUCCAGAAGGUGGUUCCGUUCGAGGAGUGGGUGGAUGCGUUGGAGACGAGUCUGGGGUCGAUGGCGGCUGACGAGGCGGAGGCCAAUCCCGGCGUCAAGCUGCUGAGUACCUACCGCGAGGCGGCGCGGGAGACCUCCGCCCGGGCGAACGGCUUCGAGACGGCCCGCACGGAGGCGUUGAGUCCUACGAUGCGCGGCGUGCAGCCUGUCACCCCGGAGCUGAUGAGGCAUUGGUGUGAGCAGUGGGGGUUUUAAAGUGCCUAUGAUCAUCCAGUUUGAUACUGGACCUGUCGAGGUCAAAUUCCGAGGGCAAUAAUUACCUUCACCAUAUAGGGUUGCCAAUGCUAGUAUGAACUGUACUCGGAAUAUAUAGAAUAUCACUGUCGAAAAUAUCAGAGAAAGCAUGGAUACAUGUGUAAAGCUCCUCCCAAAUA